AUGUUGCCAUCAGAUAAAAAGCUGACUAUGGAGCAAAUUUCCCAGAAGAUUAACUCGGGUUUUGGAGACGAUUUGAAUUGCAUUUUCAAUGAUGACAAUGCAGAAAAACUCGUUCUGCGGAUCCGUAUUAUUGUUGGUGAUGACAAAUUGGUGAUGAUGCUGAGGAACAGCCUGGCAGCCCAGGGUCUCCAGGGUGCACAAGUCCAUACAUUCCAAGUCCAGCCAAAUGCACUAUCACCUCCUACUCUCCAUCAUCACCGCUUUUCAGCCUACAUCUCCAAGCAUGACUCCAGCAUCUCCAGGAUAUUCACCACAUCACCUACCUACAGUCCAACAAGCCCUCAGUACUCUCCAAACCUCACCACAUCCAUCUUAUUCUCCCACAUCACCAUCUUAUUCUCCCACAUCACCAUCUUAUUCACCUACAUCUCCAGUUAUGCUCCUAACUACUCUCCAUCAUCUCCUGGAUAUUCUCCAACCAGCCCUUCCUACUCCCCAACUAGUCCAUCUUAUUCACCGAGUUCUCCUCAGUACUCUCCAGCUUCCCCAUCCUAUUCACCAUCUUCCCCCAAGUAUUCACCCACAAGCCCCAACUAUUCACCAACAAGCCCAACCUACUCACCUGGCUCUCCUUCAUAUUCCCCCAGUUCACCAAAAUAUUCACCUACAAGUCCAACUUACUCACCCACCUCUCCUUCGUAUUCCCCAUCCUCUCCUAAAUAUUCUCCUACAUCACCCAAUUACUCACCAACGUCACCCAAGUACUCUCCAACAUCACCCACAUACAGUCCCUCCAGUCCUCGAUAUAGCCCUUCAAGUCCAAAAUAUUCCCAAACAUCUCCAACCUACAGUCCAAGUAGCCCCAAGUAUAGCCCAACUAGCCCAACUUACAGUCCAACUACUCCAGGUUAUAGUCCCAACUACCUUUGUAUUCUCCAAGUUACGAAGAUGAUGAAGAGGAACAAAGGAGAAAGCAGAAAAAGAAAUCCAAGCGCUAAAAUUUGGAGUACAGGUAUUGAUAGGUUUAGUGUUAGAGAUUUUGUGUAUCAAUUUUCUGUAUAG